ACUAAUGGCGACAAGUUGCGCAUGCCUAUCUUGGUAGCCCCGAGGUUGUAGCUGCGAGCGUCCUGAAUGGCGUUUUGUCAGGUCCUGGCACGUAUAAGGUGCCGGAGAACUAUUCUGGCGUAGAAUACGAUUACGGCACGGGAGAACCCGAGACUACCGACAGCAAGCUCAGCCAUGCUCUUGAGCAACCCGAGUCUCUCAUCGACAGAGUUCAGACGGCUGCUCCUACCGGCGAUGACGCCGCACAGCCAGCCACAAAGAUUCUCCCGGGUUUUCCCACGAACAUCAGCGGUGAGAUUGUAUUUGCUAAUGCUGACAACCUGGACAGCGAUAAUAUGUAUGCUGGCAAGUAUACGUAUCAAGACGAUAUGACGAGGGAAGGCAUGGCAGCGGUUUGCAUGGAGAACUAUGACCCUGAGUUCAGAUCAAUCGCAAAGCCUAACGACAUUCUCGUCUCUGGAUUUAAUUUCGGGUGCGGUUCCUCGAGAGAGCAAGCCGCAACGGCUCUUCUCGCCAAGGAAAUCCCACUUGUCGUUGCGGGCAGCUUCUCUAACAUCUUUGUCCGGAACGGCAUCAAUAAUGCGUUGCCUUGCCUGGAACUACCACGUUUAGUGGAGCGUCUCCGUACAGUAUUCCCCAGCAAAAUACCUACCCGACAUACAGGCUGGACCCUAACAUGGGAUAUUGCGCGGAGCGUUAUUAAGCUUCAGGAGGGAAAGAAUGGAGAGGUCUGGGAGGAGAAGGUUGGAGAGUUCUCUGAGAACCUGCAGGAGAUUAUCGCAAAGGGCGGGCUAGUGGGAUGGAUCAAACAUGAACUUGCGAAAGCUCCCUAAAUACUGACAAUUAACACUGAUAUAAGCAAGGUUACUUGUGAUCGUGAGCGAGACAAUGGGCUGGGACUAUAGGCGCUGUCUGACGGUCGUCGGGAGGGAAAUAAUGUGGACGCAAGGAGUAUGGGGCAGUCAGCUCUGAGGAUGGUCGAGAGAGGGAGGGAGAGAGGUCAAGAGUACAUGUCGAGCGGGGGAAUGGACGUCGGGGCUCAUUAUAAGCCAGACAGGUGGAACAGGAUGGCAGGGUCAGGGCGGCGAGGGUGCGUUGCCCGAUUGAGUGUGCCGCUAAACUAGAGGCAGCAGCAGCGUGUUUGCAAUUA